GUGGAACACCUGUACAUACUGGUCUGCCAGACACUGGACUCCCUCUCCAGGAAAAAGAGGGAGAAGCUGCCCUCUUCCCUGGGCCCCGACGGCCGCGAUGCCGACGCCACCUUCACGGAGAGGCAGGAGGAGUUCCUGUCCCUGGAUGACAUCCCAGAAACCAGCCAGGCCAGCGUGGACAUGAGGAGGGAUCAGCAGCCUGCUGCCGUGAACAUCGUUCCCCUGACCCCGAUGUCCCUGGUGCCCCCGGAAGAGGGGGAGAAGAAGGAAAAUCCCCUCCUGAG